AUGUCGUCCACACACGAAAUCAACCCAGAUGAGCUGGAGCGCUUAUUGCUCGAUGAAAACUCCACGGACGAGCAGCUCGCGUCCAUGAAAACGGCAUUAGAGCACCUUGCCAAGAAGGUUGAUAGCCUUGCAAGUAAGGAGUUGCCACAGGUGCGUGCCUCAACAGAAAUCAUUGAAAUGAGAUUGGCAAGUCUACGAGAGUGUCCUGCACAGAUGUCACAGGGAGUUUCAACUAGAACCGCUAAGCAGCUAGAGGAUCUCGUAAGCUCCAGAAUAAAUGAGGAGUGCGACCUCAUAGAGCUGGAGCUGCAGCGGUUGAAGGGGUUGGAACAGGAGGCAUACGCUUGCAAAGAGGUAGUAUGCGAGACGCUCGCAUUAGUACUGAAAGCAAGGGCGUUGCAGAGUGACACUGUGAAGCAGAGAGCUGAGCAGCACGGGAAUGUGCUGUCGUAUAAGGUUGAAAAUAAAGCCGCACUUGGACAAGCGGCAUCUCAGAGUAAACAUUCUGAUGGUUUUCGCUUUCAGAACGCUGAGGCAGGAGGCAGCGGAAACGCGACAGAGAUAGCCUAUGAGCAGCUGAAUGUAAGCGACUUCGAUCAUGUCGAGUACCACCUGAACUUCGAUCCAGUCGCUGCUGCUCAAGGUAAGCUUUAUGAAAACGGUAAAGCUAGCAAAGUGAAGCAUGAGAUAUCUGAACCAAGGCUGUUGCAGCCAGAAAAGAUGACCGACUACAGGCCGAGGACCAGGGGCUCGAGCCAAUCGUCGUCGAUGACGUUCCAAAGCCCAGGUGGGUCAUCCUGUUCAGAGAGCCAAAUAGGCCAUAUCUUUGCAUCGAUAGCCCUACCCGAAGUAGAGGUGUACAAAGACCCUGAGGGGAGAAGUUUCGAGGAUUUCAUCAUGAGGUUUUCGAUGAAAUACCAGAACUUAAGGCUCCAGAAUAAGCUGCUUAACCACUUGCUGCUUUCAAAAUUGGACGGGUACCCAAAGGCAGUAGCUAAGGCACUACCUAAACACAUAAGGGAAGGCAACUUCGACGACUUAGUCAAUGCAAUGAGGUCGAAGUUUGAGGUAAACAGUUCGUCCAUUCAAAUGAAAGCGUAUAUGGAUCUGAAGCGCUUGAGAAAGUCAGGAGACGUAACAAGGUAUUGUCUGGAACUGGAAAGGUUAACCAGAGAGGCAUACCCUGACGCUUCAGAAGAAGAACUGUCCCGCACUAGGGCAGGAGAGUUGGUGAGCCAGUUAACGGACUGGCCCGAAUAUCUCCAGCUCUACACGACCAUGGAAAUUGCUCCAAAAGAAGCGGCCUACGAAAUGGUCAAAGCCAUGGCGCAAAGAUGCGAGAGAAGUAAAGAAGUGGCGACAGCAAUGAGGGAAGCUUCUGCAGGUUAUAAUCGAAGUCGUGAGGAACGAAAAAGACGCAUGGCUGGUCAAAAGUUUAGAGCGAGUAACGCAGAGAACCCUGCGUCAACACCAGCAGGCGCAGAUGACGGAAAAGAAGCGCGUCAGAGGGGGAACACCGGAAACCCCUUGAUUGUACACUCCCGAAAAAAGGCAAACGCCAAGGAGAAGUCCGCAAACGCUAAUCAACAAGCAGGGACAGCGAGAAUAUUCACUGCAUCCCUGAAGAAGUGGAUCUGUGGUGCAGUGGAGGCUGCGGAUAAGAGCGAACUUGUAGGAGAACAAACAGUAACAGAAGUUCAUCUCCUUGGAAUGUCAAGGAAAGCCUUGUUGGACACGGGCUCCCAAAUCAGCAUCAUACCACUGCGAAUGCUCCAAACAGCUUGGGAGUCAGGUUUUGACUUGGACGCUGAUGUGGAAGAAAUACCACUGGAACAGAAGAAGCAGGUAUUCGAUGCGUCGGGCAACAAAAUGUCCUUCAAGGGAGCCAUCAGGCUAACCCUGCAAAUUGACAGCGGAAGGAAGGAGCGUAUCGCUCUGUUUGUCAUGUCUGGAGGAGAUGGCAUGAUUGUUCUCGGAACAAAUGCACUUCAGAAACUUGGUUAUGGCCUCAAUCACCAGAACCAAACAACUCCGACACGAUUUUACACUGUCGUAAAGAAGCCCCGUAAAGUAAGUGAGGGGACCAAGAAACGGCAGAAGGAAUCUUCUAAUGAUUGCCUCCCAGUCACAAUUGCCAAAAGAGUAUACCUACGCCCGGGUGAGACGAAAUCGUUACGUAUUCGGUGCGAUGGCCCAACGCAGGAGGGUAUCUUUUGGUCUAAGGAGCACCUGCUUCCAGAUGUCAUAUGGAAAGGUGGAAAUCAGGCAGCAAUACUACCCAUAACAAAUACCUUUGCAGGAGCAAAGAUUUUCCGAGUAGGGGAGGAGGUGGGAACCUUCGAGCCUACCGAAGUUGUGGAAGUGCAGCCUGUCAAAUACUCCGGAGACAUGUUGCAGCGCACCGUGGAGGUAACUGGAGAUCGUGAAGAAAAAUUGCUCAGGUUACUGCAAAGUAACAGGACAAGUGAGGAGUGCAAUGAAGCACUGGAGAAGCUUGUCAGGCAUUACGCUCAUGCUUUUGCAGUAAGUGAACAAGAGCUCACUCAAACAACGCUAGUGGAACACAGUAUUGAGACCGGUGAUGCAAUGCCCAUUAGGCAGAAAGCCCGUCCGGUGCCACUAGGCACGCGAAACGAAAGAUCAUUCGAGCCAAGUAAAUCGAGUUGGGCUUCGCCCAUCGUGUUGGUGCAAAAGAAGGACGGAACUCUCAGAUUAUGCGUGGAUUAUCGGAAGCUCAAUCAGUUACCACCCGGAGUCACGAAUGACCCCUUAGGACGGCGACAACCCGCAGAAAGAGGGGAAGACCAAAAAAAGGUACCGAUGCUGUUACUGUGUCUGAGAAAGACGCUGAUCUCCAUCGAUCACCCGCUGAAUUUGCGUCGUAAAUGUGAAUGUGGACUGUUCGACCAGAUGGCGCACGUGGCCAUUCCGACUCUCAAGCACCCGAUGGCUCGUUCAAAAAGGGUGUCGGACAUGUUUCAAUUAGCCAACGUGGCGUCGAUUUCAGAAGAGGAGUGCUGGGGAGACGAGCGUAAGGAGGAGGAGUUGCGUAUGAAAAACUCCCAAUUCUUGUCGCCAUACGGGCUGGCGUUAGCGAUGCAAGCCCAUCGACGAAGAUGCCACAUCUACUCGGAAGCCAUUGAAGCCGCGCAGGGGAUGCGCUUCGAGCAUCCCGCUUUGUUUCCGUGGGCCGUGAAAUAUGAUGUCGGUGCCCACAUCACCACUGCAUUGGCGAUGCUAAAACACAUCAACGUUCCUGGCUCCUCGACCGUGGCCCCCCAGCAUGUUUUUUUAGCCCUGCCGUCGUCUUUUGGAAGAGUCCACACCGAAGUGGACUACGGCAGCGAGAUGAUCGUGUACGUCUAUCAGGACUGGGAGUUGCUGGCCCAGAAAUUGCUGGAGGUCAACAUCGUCACAGCAAUUAUACUCGUAUGGCCAGAUAUAAUGCCGUCGGGAAGAUCGAUGAGGCAGGUCCUUAUAGCGCUGGAGCGCCAUCUGCAGCCAGGCGGGACGCUGCUAUUCUUCCCCAGUCCCUAUGAGGACAGUAAUGUGACGGAAUGGUCUAAAAUGGGACGAGUAUGUUCCGAGUUCGUACGCUUUAUGACGACUGCCGACCGAGGUUUUGAAGCAAUCGUCCGGGAUCACUACACCGAAGUUUUGGAGUCGGCACCGUAUACUCAUCCCGCAAUGUGCCUUGGGACAGACCCAAGAUUCAAGCGAUCACCGUUCAAUGGCAGACAAAUUGUACUGUUCUUGGAGAAGCUGCGCGUCACGAUAGCUGAUAUCCUGAGACUGCGAGAGUUCAAGGCCGCCUCAAACGAGCUGAAGGAAGCGCGCCGAGCGGAGAAAGCUGCACGAGCGAAGAGGCGCAGGGACGAAUUCAAGCCGAAUUUCUACGUCAUCGCAGAUCCAGAGCGUGCCCGCCAUCAUCUCAACAUCUCAUUCCGUGGACCAGCCACCCGUGGAUCAGAUACAAGGGAGUCGAGCGAGGACCCAAAGCGGAGGAGAACGAGUUUGCAGUACAGAGGACAAUCGCAUGCGUAUCCGCCCAGGAGUGAUCGGAAAUUUGGAAAGGAUAGAACCCAGCAGCCGAGCUCUUCCCGUGGAUGGCACCGA